GACUGCUUUAAAUACAUAAAUUUAUACAAAUAUCUCAUUGUGCAAAAAAAAAGAAGAAGAAGUGAAUCUGCUUACUUUUAUUCUCUUUCUUUACAUCAAAAUUUUUCAGAAGAAUUGUUGAAUAGUGUUUGGUUAGGGGAAGAUGGGGAUAAAGAAAAGUUAUUUGGCAAUGAAGACAGAUGCAGCAGUAGCAAGUGAUCUUAUUGAUUCAGAUUUGAAGGAAAUUGGUUUUGCUGCUAAGAAAUUAGCUAAGCAUGCCAUUAUGCUUGGUGGCAUUGGUUUUGGCACUACUUUUCUCAUGUGGCUUGCUUCUUUUGCUGCAAUUUACUUGUUGAUCUUGGAUCGAACAAACUGGAGGAGCAACAUGCUCACAACUCUCCUAAUUCCUUACAUUUUCUUGAGUCUCCCUUCUUUGUUGUUUGGUUUGUUCAGGGGAGAUUUUGGAAAAUGGCUAUCUUUGAUCGCUGUUGUAACACGCCUUUUCUUCCCUCGACACUUUCCAGAUUGGCUAGAAGCACCAGCAGCACUGGUCCUUCUAAUGGUAGUGGCUCCCAGUUUGUUGGCUGACACUUUCAGGAAUAGUUGGAUUGGUACGUUGGUUUGCCUUGUUAUUGGGUGUUAUCUUUUGCAAGAACACAUUAGAGCAAGUGGAGGAUUCAGGAAUUCUUUCACUAAAGCCAAUGGCAUUUCAAACACUGUUGGGAUCGUCCUCCUUUUGGUAUAUCCGGUCUGGGCGUUGAUUCUACACUUCAUAUAAACAAAGUCGACAAUAUUGGCUCUUCUUUCACGACGACUUGUCAUGAUUGCAAUUUGCUUGGAAGAUUUGAGUGUGAUUGUUUUUUCUUCUGUUGAAUUUUUAGUACACGUUGAGUUAUUCGCUUCCAUUAUCCUAUUACCUUAUUGUUGCAAUUGUUUGUUGAUUUAGUUUCAUUGUUCCUUGAGCCGAGGGUUCUUUCUAUUUUCACAAGGUAGGGGUAAGGUCUACGUACACAUUACCCUCACCAGACCCCACUUGUGGGAUUAUACUGGUUUUGGUGUUGUUGUUAUAAAGUCCAUAUGAGUAAUACUGUAAUAGAUUGCUUGCUUCUUGUCUGAAUAAUGUGUUUUUGUGCCCAAAA